GGAGCUAGUUUGGCCCGCCUCCAUGUGGGCGGGUAUGUCGCCGGCUUCGGUGUGUGUUUGUAGACUGAAUGUACUGCUGAUGGUGACGGGAACUGUUUGUACGCGGAGUGGCUGAAUGAAGACCCCCCGCUUGUCAAUAGAGCAUCCUUCAGGGGUUCAAUCGAUGUAUCGAUUAUCUCGGAAAAACCUUAAUCAAAGGCAUGUCAGCUGCCCGUAGCAACAGUAGUAGCAGCUCCUUUCCUUCACACUGGGAGUUCAGUGCAUCUGCUCGGUUUUUGCUAGAUUGGUGGUCGCACUGCAGCCCCGUCGCCCCCACUGUCUCUUGGUUUCAGUAGUCUGCCUCUUCAAUAAAUGAAACGUGAAUUCAGGUAGUACCAAGUGCUGACACGGACGAGCAGGAUGUCUGCAGACCUGGGAGAUUGCUGCGUGAAAGUGGCUCUCAGAAUACGCCCUCAACUUGCAAAGGAAAAGAUUGAAGGAUGCCAUAUCUGCACAUCUGUGACACCUGGAGAGCCUCAAGUCCUGCUGGGAAAGGAUAAGGCCUUCACUUAUGACUUUGUCUUUGACCUGGAUACUGGACAGGAACGCAUCUACACAGACUGUGUGCACAAACUCAUUGAGGGCUGCUUUGAAGGCUACAAUGCUACUGUGCUGGCUUAUGGGCAGACAGGUUCAGGAAAGACAUACACCAUGGGAACAGGUUUUGAUGUGAAUGCAUCAUUUGAGGAACAGGGAAUAAUCCCUCGAGCUGUUGGUCAUCUCUUCAGUGGUAUCGAAGAGCGGAAGCACGAGGCACUGGAGAUGGGGAAGCCACCGCCUGAGUUCAAAGUCAGUGCACAGUUUCUCGAGCUUUACAAUGAAGAAAUCCUUGACUUGUUUGAUGCCUCCAGAGACCCUGAAAGUCGACACAGGAAAUCAAAUAUCAAGAUCCAUGAGGAUGCCAGUGGGGGGAUUUACACAACUGGAGUCGCAUCCCGACUUGUUAACUCAGAAGAGGAGCUGAUUCAGUGCCUUAAACAAGGAGCCCUGUCCCGCACUACUGCUAGCACCCAGAUGAAUGUUCAGAGUUCCCGCUCACAUGCCAUCUUUACCAUCCAUGUGUGCCAAAUGCGAGCCUGCUCUAACAUGAUGAAUGGAGAUGUGAAUAGCUUGCCAGAUGAUUCCCAGCCUAUGACAGAUUAUGAAACUCUGACUGCCAAGUUCCACUUUGUGGACUUGGCAGGAUCUGAGCGAUUGAAAAGAACAGGAGCAACAGGAGAGAGAGCAAAAGAGGGCAUCUCGAUCAACUGUGGACUGCUUGCUUUAGGAAAUGUCAUCAGUGCAUUGGGAGACCAGAGUAAGAAGGCUGCACAUGUGCCAUACCGAGACUCAAAGCUGACGAGGCUCCUUCAGGAUUCACUAGGUGGCAACAGUCGAACAGUCAUGAUUGCUUGUGUGAGCCCUUCAGACCGUGAUUUUAUGGAGACCCUCAACACUUUGAAAUAUGCCAACCGGGCCAGGAACAUAAAGAACAAAGUGGUGGUAAACCAGGACAAGACAAGUCAGCAGAUUAAUGCUUUGCGGGCAGAAAUUGCACGACUACAGAUGGAACUAAUGGAAUACAAGGCGGGUAAGCGUGUGAUUGGGGAAGAUGGCUCGGAAGGUUUCAGCGACCUCUUCCAAGAGAAUUCCAUGCUAAUGAAGGAACGCGAUACCUUGAGGAUGAGGGUAAAGGCCAUGCAGGAAACAAUAGAUGCUCUGAACAACAGAGUGACUCAGCUGCUGUUUAAUGAGGCCAAUCAAAUUUUAGCUAAAGCAGGGGACAGUAAUGAAGAAAUUGGUGCAUUAAUUCAGAACUACAUCAGGGAGAUUGAAGAGCUACGGACUAAGCUACUGGAGAGUGAAGCAAUGAAUGAAUCUUUGCGUAGAAACCUUUCUCGAAUGUCAACCCGGUCACCCUACUCUUUGGGUCAGUCUCCUGUUCCUGGUCUGUCUGUGAGUAGUCCAGCCACUUCCAUUGAUGCAGAGGUGAAUGACGUCCUCAGCUGGGCUAAGCAUGAUUUGGAGAAACUGAAAAAGAAAGAAAAAAAGCAGAGGAGAAAAAGCCCUGAUACUAAUGGGGUAAAGAAACGAGCAAAGCUGCUACAAGAGAAUGGCGAAGAGUCGGACAAUGAACCUGAAGAGGAUGAAGAACAUGAGGAAAGUGGCUGUGAGGAAGAUGAUGGAGGAGAAGAGGAUGAUUCCGACAGUGAUGAAACUCCUGAUGAGUCUGACUCUGAGCCAGAAGAGAAAGCCAACUACCAGGCAGACCUGGCCGACUUGACAUGUGAAAUUGAAAUUAAGCAGAAACUCAUUGAUGAAUUGGAGAACAGCAGGCGGCGGCUUCAGAUCCUGAAACAACAGUAUGAGGAAAAACUCAUCUUGUUACAAAACAAGAUCCGAGACACCCAACUUGAGCGAGAUCGAGUCUUACAGAGCCUAAGUUGUAUGGAGAACUACACGGAAGAGAAAGCUAAUAAAGUCAAAGCUGAAUAUGAGAAACGAUUAAAAGAGAUGAACCGGGAUCUGCAGAAGCUGCAGGCAGCCCAAAAAGAGCACAGUCGUCUUUUGAAGAACCAGUCUCGCUACGAGAGAGAAAUGAAGAAGCUGCAUAGCGAGGUAGCAGAAAUGAAGAAAGCCAAGGUAGCGUUGAUGAAACAAAUGAGGGAAGAGCAACAGAAACGACGUCUAAUCGAAGCAAAGCGGAACAGGGAAAUUGCACAGCUAAAGAAGGAGCAACGCAGGCAAGAAUACCAGAUACGUUCUCUUGAGUCACAGAAGCGUCAGCAGGAGAUUGUACUGAAGAGGAAGACCCAGGAAGUGUCCGCUUUGCGACGGAUGGCCAAACCAAUGUCAGACAGAGUGGCAGGGAGGUUACUGUACAAACACAGUAUAUUGGACUCCUCUUCAGACCCUGAGUCAGGCCCACGCUCCGUCUCCAGCAUUGUAAGACAUUGGAACAAGAAAAUCAAUAACUUCUUGGAAGAGCAACCACCACUUAUAAAUGGAACACGGCCUGUCAGGAAAAAGUUUCAGAAGAAAGGAGGAGGUGUAGAGAAUUUCUCCAAGGCAGCUCGGUUGAAGUGGCAGUCUCUGGAGCGAAGGAUCAUGGAUAUUGUUAUGAAAAGAAUGACUAUCCAAAACAUGGAAGCUGACAUGGACCGUCUCGUCAAGAAACGAAUGGAGCUGGCUGCUGCACAGGACGUACUCUGUGAAAAGAGGGAGAAAGCCGUACAGGAAGCGCCCACUGAUGAAAAGGCAAUCCAGGAGCUAAAUGAAGAGAUUGAGGCCUUGAAUGCUAAUAUCGAUUACAUCUCAGAUAGCAUCUCUGACUGUCAGGCCACUAUAAUGCAGAUCGAGGAGACCAGGGAUGAACUGGACUCCACAGAUACAUCUGUUGUAAUUAGUUCCUGCUCUUUGGCUGAAGCACGGCUUCUUCUGGACAAUUUUCUCAAGGCAUCUAUAGAUAAGGGUUUACUGGUUGCUCAGAAGGAGGCUCAGAUACGGCUGCUUGAGGGUCGUUUGAAGCAGACUGAUGUGACAGGCUCUUCCCAGAAUCACGCUAUCUUGGAUGCUUUGCGAGAAAAGGCCGAGUCCUUUCCAGAGCUUCAUGCAUUGAUCCAGAAUGUGCAGCAGGAGAAUGGCUACGUGAGCACUGAUGAAGACGUGUCCGAGUUCAGCAUGGCAUCGGAGAGCAGCUGUUCACAAUCCUUCAGCAUGAAAGUUUCUGCGAGUCAAGAUGAUUUCAAACUCAAGGGCGAGCCAAAACUGUCUAUUCAGAUGAAAGCAAUUUCCGCAGAGUGCCUUGGUCCACCAUUGGACAGUUCCACCAAGAACAUCACAAAGUCAUUGGCGUCUCUUACAGAAAUUAAAGAAGAUGGUAUAGGAUUCUCUUUGAGGGAUCCAUACUACAAAGAUAAAGUGUCUCGUACUAUAAGCUUACCUACCAGAGGAAAUACUUUCCCUCGUCAAUCUCGAGGUGCAGAUACAUCACCUAUAAUAAGAAGAAAAUCUUAUGAUCGGGGCCAGCCAGUCAGAACUUCUGAUGGUGGGCUCACCCCACCUCCUUCACCACCAACCAGGGCACGAAAUGACAGAAAUGUAUUCUCUCGACUUACCAGUAAUCAAAGCCAGGGAUCUGCUCUUGACAAGUCUGAUGACAGUGACUCCUCUCUCUCAGAGGUUCUAAGGGGUGUGAUCAACCCAGUGGGUGGUGCAAAAGGAGCAAGGACUGCCCCUCUACAGUGCGUGUUUGUUGCAGAAGGACACUCCAAGCCAGUUCUUUGUUUGGAUGCGACAGACGAACUGCUGUUCACGGGUUCGAAGGAUCGCUCCUGUAAGAUGUGGAAUCUGGUUACCGGACAGGAAAUUGCAACUCUAAAAGGACAUCCAAACAACGUGGUCUCUGUAAAAUACUGCCUUCACUCCAGCCUUGUUUUUUCCGUCUCAACUUCUUUCAUCAAAGUGUGGGAUAUUCGAGAUUCUACAAAAUGCAUUCGCACAUUUACUUCUUCUGGCCAAGCAAUUUCUGGAGAUGCAUGUGCUGGGACAACCACAAGGACAAUUAGCACGACCCAAGGGGAGCAUCAGAUUAACCAGAUAGCACUGAACUCUACAGGGAGUGUACUAUAUGCAGCAACUGGCAAUUCUGUUCGCAUAUGGGAUCUGAACAGGAUGCAGCCAGUUGGGAAACUGAUUGGCCAUAUUGGACCAGUGAUGUGCCUGACAGUGAGCCAGACAGCAAAUAACCACGACUUGGUUAUUACUGGGUCAAAAGACCAUUACGUCAAGAAGUUUGACAUCACGGAAAGUACAUUUGGCAAUAUUGGCCCCAGUCAUAACUUUGAGCCUCCUCACUAUGAUGGCAUUGAGUGCUUGGCCAUCCAGGGUGACGUACUGUUCAGUGGCUCCAGGGACAACGGCAUAAAGAAGUGGGACCUGGAGGAGAAUGAACUUAUCCAGCAAAUUCCAAAUGCACACAAGGACUGGGUGUGUGCCUUGGCCUAUGUACCCACACGUCCAAUGUUGCUAAGUGGCUGUCGUGGGGGCAUGCUUAAAGUGUGGAACGUGGACACCUUCACACCAGUUGGGGAGAUAAGGGGCCAUGAUAGCCCUAUCAAUGCGAUUUGCACAAACACCAAAAGCAUCUUUACGGCUUCAAGUGACUGCCGAGUUAAACUGUGGAAUUAUGUUCCGGGCCUUACACCCUGCCUUCCCCGCCGCGUCCUUGCCAUCAAGGGCCGUGCUACUAGCCUACCUUGAAGGUCUUUCCUGCCUCCUGUCUCUUUACCUCUGUCUAUCUUUCUGCACUCCAAUCUUCU